UGCUCACUUCUGACUCCGAGUGAUUGUGGUUCGGAAAUUAUCUGCUGGAAGAUUGUGGGUGGGCGAGCUGUAUUCACUCCAUCAUGACGGCUGAAAUCUCGAUUACCUCAUCGUCCAAGGCUAAGUGAAGUAGAUUGUUUUUCUUCGAUACUUGAUGACCUUGAGAUUGAACAACAUUGCCAUACCAACCGACAGACCCGAUUGGAGAUUACAACAGCGUCGGACCUAGCAGCACUCAUGACACAGGCUCAUUGGCUCGAUCAGUACGCCUCAAACUAUCAUGAAUGGCAUAAGGCGCAGAAUGAAGGCAAAUACUGCUUCUAUCGACCUCUUGGGACUGUAGAAACCGCCUUUGAUUCCGAUGGCAUCUACUUUCAAGGUCGGGCAGAUGUGAGCGCCCUCCUCGAACUCGAGGUCAAACAUUGCUUGCCACAGGAGCAGCUUCGAAGAAGGAUAACUCUAGCAUGGACUGUCCUGCGGUUAUACCACGUUCUCCUUCUGGCGCGUGCUGUGGAUCGGCAGCCGUACAUGACUGCUGGAAAUGCUGCACAGAGGCGUUUCUUCCUUAUCCACCCUCCCGAGAAGCCUGGAGAUGCCGUCAAGGACGCGACCAAAUCGUUAUCUUUCGUCCAGGAAGCACUAGAUGAGCAUGAGCUUGCAAAGUUCUACCGCCAUGCCCAGAAUACAGCUCGUGUAGUCAAUGCAGACGAGUUCCUCGCCAAAUUGUUCAUUUUUCCGGAAGAGGGCACCACAGGGGCAAAGGCAUAUUUAAAGUUCUUGUUCGUCAAAAGUCACCAGAUCACGGAUGGACUGACCAAUUUCACGUGGCUGAACCAUUUCGUUAAACUUCUGAACACACCUGUAGCACAGCUCGAAAAAGCUGUCAGUGGCCUAUCUCCUCAAGCCUCGAUACGAACUCGACUUCCAUUACCACAAGAAGAUUUGUAUCCUCGCAUCUCGGGCUCGAGAGCAAAGAAGCGCUGGUUCUGGCUCUUAACGCUUGUCCUUCGGCAUGUAAAGAAGCCUAUGCCUGCGGCAUUCCCCAAUCCGCUGCGACGCACUGCUCCUCUGCAGGAAGCCAUUGCAAUGCCCUCAACCUUCAGAUCAUAUCUGGACUACAACGAGAAGCCACCCUUGAACACCUUCACAUGCAUGGCCAAAGUACCACGAUGUGCUACCAAGCGACUUCAUCGAUGGUGCCGAGAAGCGGGUACCAGUAUUGGCGCCGGAGCCUUUGUCCUAGUCGCUAUGGUGAUGAUGUCUCUACACGAGGAUUUAUAUCCCAAAGAGGCUUCAGAAUCGCGCCGGCCCUUUAUUGGCAGCUUCCCGAUUAACCCUAGACCAUUCUUCAAGCAUCAUGAGGCUCCCAACUCUAUGAUGUUAGCGUUCUCUGACGGUGUCGUACUUCCCUUCCUACCUUCCUAUCUUGACCUUGAGACUCGUUUCAAGGUGCUGGUAAGACAAGCCCACAAACAACUUGGUCUAUACCAAAAGCGCAUCAAAGACGAAGAGACCGACACGGUUGCUUACAUGGGUAGCAGAGGAGCAGGCAGGGUGAUUGCAAUGAACUAUAUUGGUGCUACAGAAAGACUGAGAGCAAAGCUUCCUGAACAUCUUCGAGAUAGCUUGGGAAACCACAGCCCUCAGGGUGAGCUACUUGCAACUCAGAACGGGAGCAUGGCUACAUGUGGUGUGAGCUCGGUUGGCCGGUCGGGGUGGCGUAAGGGAGAGUAUGAUGUUGAAGGAGAGCUUGGAGAAGGCGAAGAUGCCUUUACUGCAGACUAUCGAUCCUCCAAGCAGAAUGUUCGUGCUCGAGAUGGCGAGUUUCUUGUUGGAGUCUGGGGCGACGAUGACGGUAUUGCUGCCAAUGUCUCGUACGACGGUAAUGCUAUCGAAGAAGACAAGGUGAAAGAAUGGCAGUACAGAAUGGAGAAUAUUCUGAUGACGAAGGUCACUCAGGCCAAAUUGUAGAGGAGUAGUAAAUGAGAACGAAUCCCGAUCUUUCUGAC